AGCUACAUUGUGUGGAAAGCAGCACGUUGUUGGCUUCUCCACGCUGAACUUUACGCCGAAUUAACGUUCUCCUGUUCGGGGAGAAACCAGAUUCAAAGCUACUAGCUAUUCUCUCAGACGUCUGUAAGUUACCCCAGCUUGCGAAAACAUGUCGGCCUCGGCGGCAAAAGUGAGUAAAAAGGAGCUGAACUCAAACCAUGACGGAGCGGACGAAACCUCCGAAAAAGAGCAGCAAGAAGCUAUUGAACACAUCGACGAAGUUCAAAACGAAAUUGACAGGUUGAACGAGCAAGCCAGUGAGGAGAUCCUCAAAGUAGAACAGAAAUACAACAAACUCCGUCAGCCAUUCUUUCAGAAGAGGUCAGAACUGAUCGCCAAAAUCCCAAACUUCUGGGUCACCACGUUUGUCAACCAUCCACAAGUAUCUGCCCUACUGGGGGAGGAAGAUGAAGAAGCACUUCACUACCUGAGCCGAGUGGAGGUGACAGAGUUUGAAGACAUCAAGUCAGGCUACAGAAUAGAUUUUUAUUUCGAUGAAAAUCCGUACUUCGAAAACAAAGUACUUUCCAAAGAGUUCCAUCUGAACGAGAGCGGAGAUCCAUCUUCAAAGUCAACAGAAAUCAAAUGGAAAUCAGGAAAGGACCUGACCAAGCGCUCAAGCCAGACACAGAACAAAGCAGGAAGGAAGAGGCAACAUGAAGAGCCAGAGAGCUUCUUCACUUGGUUCACCGAUCAUGCCGAUGCUGGCGCAGAUGAGCUAGGGGAGGUCAUCAAGGACGACAUCUGGCCAAACCCUCUGCAGUACUACCUGGUUCCUGAUAUGGACGACGAAGAGGGUGAAGGUGAGGACGACGAAGAGGAUGAGGAGGGUCUGGAGGACAUUGAUGAGGAGGGAGAUGAAGACGGAGAGGAGGAUGAAGAGGAUGAUGGAGAAGAUGGAGAGGAUGACGAAGGAGAAGACGACUAAGAAAUAACAUCAUCUACCCAGACCCUCAACCUUCUAUUCCCUGUUUGGUUUUUCCACUCAUGUUCGGGA